CAGAUAGAAAAUCAGCUGUUGGAUGAUCACAGAGGCUGACAGGGAGGACUUCAUACAAGAACACCCGAAAAAACAACAACAAGAUGGAGUACACAUUCAGAGCAGUAACUCACACCCCUGGGAUUAUAAUCUGGAGAAUUGAGAAAAUGGAGCUGGUUCAAGUCCCAGAGAAAACUCAUGGAAACUUUUAUGAGGGAGACUGCUACGUACUUCUGUCUACUCAGAAGGUGAGCAGCUCUCUGUGUUAUGAUAUCCACUACUGGAUCGGCUCACAGUCCAGUCAGGAUGAACAGGGUGCAGCUGCUGUUUACACCAUCCAGCUUGAUGAAUAUUUGGGUUCCACUCCGGUCCAGCACCGCGAGGUUCAGGACCACGAGUCUGAUGCCUUCAGGGGCUACUUCAAAAAUGGAAUAAUCAUUAAGAAAGGUGGAGUUGCAUCGGGCAUGAGGCACACUGAAACCAACACCUAUGAUGUCAAGAGGCUGCUUCAUGUCAAAGGGAAGAAAAGAGUGAUUGCAAAGGAGGUGGAGAUGAGCUGGGAGAGCUUCAACCUCGGAGAUGUGUUUUUGUUGGACAUUGGCAAGACCAUCAUUCAGUGGAACGGACCCAAGUGUAACAAACAGGAAAAGCUUAAAGGUAUGUUGUUGGCCAAAGACAUUCGAGACAGAGAGAGAGGAGGCCGGGCAGAUAUCAGAGUGAUCGAGGGUGAAGCAGAGGGUGACUCUCCUCACAACAUGGAGGCCCUGAACGGUGUUCUUGGAGAAAGAACAUCCCAGCUGAAGGAUGGACCUUCAGAUGAAACUGCUGACCAAGAACAGAAGUCAAAACUCACACUUUACCAUGUGUCGGAUGCUGAUGGUCAGAUGAAGGUCACAGAAGUUGCUACCAGACCACUGGUUCAGGAUCUCCUCAACCAUGAUGACUGCUACAUCCUGGAUCAGGGAGGAACGAAGAUCUUUGUGUGGAAGGGGAAGAAAGCAAACAAAGCUGAAAGACAGGCUGCUAUGAGCAGAGCUUUGGACUUCAUCAAAACGAAAAACUACCCGAUCACUACAAAUGUGGAGACGGUGAAUGACGGGGCAGAGUCAGCUCUCUUCAAGCAGCUGUUCCAGAAGUGGACCGUAAAGGACCAGACUCAAGGUCUGGGCAAAGUGCAAACGAGAGGGAAAGUCGCUCACAUCACACAGGAAAAAUUUGACGCCUCUCUGAUGCACAUGAUGCCUGAGGUUGCUGCACAGGAGCGAAUGGUGGACAAUGGCACAGGUCAAGUGGAGAUAUGGAGAAUUGAGGAUCUGGAGCUUGUUCCUGUGGACCCUGAAUGGUACGGAUACUUCUACGGAGGAGACUGCUACCUGAUCCUUUACACUUACACAGCUAACAACAAGAACUGUUACCUGCUCUAUAUAUGGCAGGGGCGUCAUGCGACACAGGAUGAAGUGGCAGCCUCAGCAUUUCAGGCUGUGGACUUGGAUCAGAAGUACGGUGGUGCGCCUGUUCAAGUGAGAGUAACAAUGGGCAAAGAACCGAGACAUUUCAUGGCGGUUUUCAAGGGGAAAAUGGUCAUCUUUGAGGGCGGCACAUCUAGAAAAGGCUCUUCUGAACCAGAACCACCAAUAAGGUUGUUCCAGGUCCACGGUUCUGACCCAUCCAACACAAAAGCCAUUGAGGUUCCAGCCCUGUCCUCCUCUCUGAACUCCAACGACGUGUUUUUACUCAAGAGCCAAUCAGGAAUGUAUCUGUGGUGCGGAAAGGGAUCCAGCGGAGAUGAGAGAGCCAUGGCAAAGGAGGUCAGCUCUGUGGUCGGCCAGAAAGGCUGUGAGGAGAUAGUGGCGGAGGGGCAGGAGCCCCUUGAAUUCUGGGAUUUGCUGGGUGGAAAGGCUCCGUAUGCCAAUGACAAGAGGUUACAGCAGAAGGUCCCAGACCACCAGCCGCGCCUGUUUGAAUGCUCCAAUAAGACGGGCCGUUUCAUCGUCACUGAGGUGACUCAGUUCACGCAGGACGACCUCAAUGAGGAUGAUGUCAUGCUGCUGGACACAUGGGACCAGGUGAUUCUCUGGAUCGGUAAAGAAGCCAACGAGGUAGAGCGCAAAGAAGCGGUGGUCACAAGCCGAGAGUACCUGCGCACUCACCCGGGCGGCAGAGACCCAGACACCUCCAUCGUCCUGAUCAAACAGGGAUUUGAACCUCCCACCUUCACUGGUUGGUUCAUGGCCUGGGACCCCUCUAAAUGGAGUAGAGGACUGAGCUAUGAGGAGUUGAAGAAGGAGUUGGGAGAUGAUGCAGCGCCUGUUUUUGUUCCAACUGAGCAGAAUGCUGUUCCUGAAACUGAGAAAACCUUUGAGCCUUUUCCACCUGACAGUUUGGUCAACAAACUCGCCAACGAGCUGCCUGAAGGUGUUGACCCAACUCAGAAAGAGAGACACCUGUCUGACUCUGACUUCACCAUCGUAUUUGGGAUCACCAAAGACGAUUAUGCGAGCCUGCCUCGGUGGAAACAGCUGAAAUUGAAGAAAGAAAAGGGGAUGUUUUGAUUUUUUAUGUUUUCUGUACUUGAAAUAAGACAACAGAAUGCCUCUUUGUGUCGUCUAAUUACUGACUCUCCACUUUAGCUCAGUCUCCUUGUUAGCUGUCAUUUUAAACGUGUCUUUUAAUCGCCUGGUUUUAUCGUGAUUCAUACAUAUGUGUCAAAUCGGUACAAUUCUUGAAUUAUUUUCAACCUGUGAUCAUUUUGUACAUUUGACACCAUUUAAUUAAGAGCUCUUGUGAUAUUAUUUGAACUCUCAGUAUGGAAAACAUAAAGCGUAUUGCUUGUUCUGGUGUGUGUGUGUUUGUUUUGUUUUUGGCUACUGAUACUACUGAAAUAACAGAUUUUAUGCACACUGAAACGUCGCUUUAAUCCUGUAAAUGAAGAAUUUCAGUCCCGAUGAAAUGAAUACAAAAUCAUGUCAUAAAAGACCAACUGCUGAACUG